UUUUUUGCCUCAAAACAAAACAAAAACAAUCCAUGACAACAAUAAACAAAUUUUGUAGCUGUGAAAAAAAAUAAUUUAUUUUUAGUAAUUUUAGACAAAUAUAAUUAAAAAAUAAACUCAAAAUGGGACACGAAGAAACAGCACAUAAGCAGGAGGAUAAUGAGAAAACAGGCACAAAUAUCACAUCCUACAAAAUGCGUCCAUCAUUGGGUGAAACAUUUAAAGGAAGCCGAAUAAAGGAAAUCAUACGAGAAAUAAUGCAGGAAAAGUUACAGGGAAAAACAUACAACUCGGAUGAUGUGAAACAUUGGACAAGAGAUAUUGCUGAUAGCAUUAAUGCGGCAAUUAAAGAUCGUCUGAUUAUGCCUCGCUAUAAAUAUGUUGUGCAGGUUAUGUUGGGUCAACAACUUGGUGCAGGAUGUCAUUAUUAUUGCAAAUGUUGUUGGGAUGCUGAAUCUGAUUCCCAAACAUCUGAUGUUUUUACAAAUACUAGUCUCUUUUGUGUUACCACUGUUUUCGGUGUUUAUUUGUACUGAUUAAUUAAUUUGCUUGUUUAAAUGUAUUCUUAAAUAUAGAUUUAUUAUAUUAAAAGUAA